CUGCCUUUUAGCACGGGUGUCCCCGUUUAUCUUUCUUUUCGCACACCAUGGCGGACCGCUUCAAUAAGGUUCUGCUACUGGAUGGCAGGGGCCAUCUGCUUGGUCGGCUGGCUGCCAUUGUGGCUAAGCAGACCUUGCUGGGACACAAAGUUGUGGUGGUGAGAUGUGAAGGUAUCAACAUCUCUGGGAACUUCUACCGUAACAAACUGAAGUACCUGGCAUUCCUGCGCAAGAGGAUGAACACCAACCCCUCUCGUGGACCUUACCACUUCAGAGCUCCCAGCAGGAUCUUCUGGAGGACUGUCAGAGGCAUGCUACCCCACAAAACCAAGAGAGGCCAGGCUGCCCUGGAGAGGCUGAAGGUGUUUGAUGGAAUCCCCCCGCCCUACGACAAGAGGAAGCGCGUGGUGGUCCCAGCUGCUCUUAAGAUUGUGCGUCUGAAGCCCACUCGUAAGUUUGCCCUCCUUGGACGUUUGGCCCAUGAGGUGGGCUGGAAGUACCAGGCUAUCACAGCCACACUGGAAGAGAAGAGGAAAGAGAAGGCAAAGCUCCGUUAUGCCAAGAAAAAGACCACCAUCAAGCUGACCAAACAGGCAGAGAAGAACGUCGAGAGCAAAAUUGCAAAAUACACAGAUGUUCUUAAACAGUACGGAGUUCUUGUUUGAGCAUAUUGUCUAAUAAAUCGAAGUCGAUGUUUAUAAA